CCUUUUACCUACUUUACCUAUGCAAAUAUGGAAGAAACAUUUUUACAAACACUUGGUGUGCAUAAUCUAGGACUUCUGAUUUACUGUUCAAAUGUUAUUCAUCCAUAUCUUUAAUUGAUGUAAGCAACAAGAUUGAGUCUGAUAUGAGGAAUAUUGGGUGGUGGUUACAUCUAAAAGGGAAGAUCUAGGAAGAGAAAAUUGGACAAUUUUUUUGUAAAAUAACACCAUGUUGGGUUUGUUUAUGGUGAUCAAAUCUUAGGUGUUUAGAUACUCUGGUAUUUAACAUAGAUAUUGAGGAAUAUUUUUUCCUGAGUUUGGUGUGAAAACUAUUGGAAAGAAAAAUCUGAUGUUCUUUUUAGCCCUUUAAUGAUCUAGAGAAAGAUUGGUUUUGCAUUGGUGAUUUAGUGUUACAGAUACUUUGGAACUUUACAGAGAAACAAGCCCUUUUAAUUAAAGGAAAAAAAAUUAUAUGAAGAAAACCCCUUCUGUUUACGCAAAACCUCCUUAAAAUAAGCCAUUAUUCUGCCUCGUGCUUCUUCUUUUUUUGGUUUGAAAAUGGAGGCUUAAGAUUAGCUAUUAUCUUACAAAGGGUAAGAGGAGAAUGGGGGAAGCAUCCUGUAAGUUUCACACGAGAUCUAAAAUAUGGGGUUGACAAAUGAUAGGGAGUUGUGGUCUUUAGACAGAACACUAAACCCUUAUUUUAUUCAAUCCCUAACUACCUGUAAACCAUAUUUUAGAAUUCAAUUAUCCAUUAAAUAAUAGGUCCAGAGAGAGAGAGAGAGAAGGAAGAGGACAAGAAUGAAAUUAGUAUCUUAACUAGUUGUAAUGUCCAAUAAGCCUAUAUAAGAUGAUAAGAUCUCACUCAGAUGUUACCCAAAGGAAGAUACAUGCCAGCAUUUUCUUCUGCUUUCUGAUUAUUCUCUUCCCCACAUCCAAGCACUACUUACCCUCUUCCUCAUUCUGACAAUAUUUCCAUUUCAGUGUGCACCAAUCAUAUAUAUAUUACUUCUUUGGAACUUCUCUGUUCCUAUUUAUAACCAAAAUGUGGCUUCUUUUGAUUGGAGCUAUUGUUGUUUUAAGUUUUACACACUGGCUUUAUAGUUGGAGAAAUCCCAAAUGUAAUGGAAAACUUCCACCAGGUUCAAUGGGUUUGCCCCUACUUGGUGAAACCUUGCAGUUCUUUGCGCCCAAUACUUCCUCUGACAUUCCUCCUUUCAUUAGAAAAAGAAUGGAUAGGUAUGGACCUAUAUUCAGAACAAGUUUGGUGGGAAGACCGCUGAUUGUCUCAACGGACCCCGACUUGAAUUACUUUAUAUUUCAGCAAGAGGGACAAUUGUUCCAGAGCUGGUAUCCUGAUACCUUCACAGAGAUAUUUGGAAGACAAAAUGUUGGUUCAUUGCACGGCUUCAUGUAUAAAUAUCUAAAGAACAUGGUUCUUCAUCUUUUUGGCCCUGAAAGUCUGAGAAAGAUGAUACCUGAAGUUGAGGCUGUAGCAACCAGAAGAUUGAGACAAUGGUCAUCUCAUAACUCAGUUGAAUUGAAGGAUAACACUGCAAGUAUGAUUUUUGAUCUGACUGCAAAGAAGCUGAUUAGUUAUGAUUCCGAAAAUUCUUCAGAGAAUUUGAGAGAGAACUUUGUUGCAUUCAUACAGGGCUUGAUCUCCUUCCCUCUAAAUGUUCCCGGAACUGCUUAUAACAAAUGCUUACAGGGCAGGAAAAGGGCAAUGAGAAUGCUGAAGAACAUGUUACAAGAAAGGCGGGCAAAUCCAAGGAAACAACAAAUAGAUUUUUUCGAUUUUGUUCUAGAAGAACUGGAGAAAGAUGGAACUCUUCUAACUGAGGAAAUUGCUUUGGACCUUAUGUUUGUACUACUUUUUGCAAGCUUUGAAACUACUUCACUUGCUAUUACAGCAGCCAUCAAAUUUCUCCUCAACAAUCCUCAUGUUCUGGAGGAGCUGACGGCUGAACAUGAGGGAAUAUUGAAGAGAAGGGAAAAUUCAGAUUCUGGGCUUACAUGGGGGGAAUACAAAUCCAUGACAUUCACAUUUCAGUUUAUCAAUGAAACUGUGAGACUGGCAAAUAUAGUUCCAGGAAUCUUUCGAAAAGCACUGAAAGAUAUCCAGUUUAAGGGAUAUACCAUUCCAUCUGGUUGGGCUGUUAUGGUCUGCCCUCCAGCCGUGCACUUAAAUCCAGAAAAGUAUGUUGAUCCCCUUGCUUUUAACCCGUGGCGAUGGGAGAAAUCUGAACUGAAUGGAGCCUCUAAACAUUUCAUGGCUUUUGGUGGUGGCAUGAGGUUCUGUGUUGGUACAGAUUUUACCAAAGUGCAAAUGGCUGUGUUUCUCCAUUGCAUAGUUACAAAGUACAGGUUCAAAGCAAUCAAAGGGGGCAACAUCAUUCGAACUCCCGGCUUACAGUUUCCCGAUGGCUUUCACGUUCAGAUAAUGGAGAAAUAAU